CGCUAUCUACUAUCUCUAUUCUCUCGCUGCCGUCGUCUACAUGUUCCGGGAAUUGGGGCUAAAUUACAGAGGCUAUUAAUUAUUUUCAGGUUCGCCUUCGGGAUUCAAAGUCUUUGCCGGCUUGCCCUUCAUGGAAUCAGAGGAAUGUGAGCAGGAGAGACCUGGUUUGGAGAUUGCCCCUUUGGAGUUUGGACUUCAUCUCACGGUUGCCUGAUUCCGUGAUUCAUCACAUUUUAUCUUAUCUGAGUGCCAGAGAUGUUACCUCUACUGCAAUAUUGUCAAAGACUUGGAAUCGCACCUGGUCCACUUAUCCUUAUCUUGUAUUCCACUUUUUCUAUGAUAAUUCAGUCACAGAACAAGAGCAAGUUCUUGGUGACGCGCCUAUAAAAAAGCGAAAACAUGAUUUCUUGAUUCUUGCUGGAAAUUCCAUCUGUCGGCGCUUGCAACUAGAUUUUUGCGUACAAAGAUUUCAAUUGUAUAUUGACUUCCCUGAUAUGGAGUUGUUGACGCCUAAUAUGGACCAAUGGAUUGGUAUAGCAGUUGACAGGACUGCUUCAGAACUUGCUGUUUGUAUUGAUAGUUUGUCGGGCUCAGAUAGAUAUUUUUAUAGCGUUCCGCAAUCGGUUUUGCUUGCUAGCUCGCUAAAAGUUUUAAGCUUAUGUGGCUGUAGAUUUGAGAGUGGAUUGGAUAUCAAACUUCCACAUCUACAGAAGCUUUCUUUAUCUCAUUCUUGUUUCACCGACAAGUUUUCAUUUCACCAAAUUCUCUCUGGGUGCCCCGUGAUUGAGUAUGUGAAAGUGUCAUUUUGUAUAUGGAUGGACACACUUCUCUCAGUUUCAAGUUUAUCUAACUUGAAGUAUUUUGAGUUCCUGUACUGUGAUGGGAUUGAUAAUGUUCAGAUAGAUGUGUCUGAUCUUCAUACUUUUUCGUUUGCACCAUCCUUGGGAAACUGGCCCAGAAGUAUUAACCUGGCUACUUGCAAAGCACUGAAGGAGUUGAAACUCAGUGGGGUACGUGACACAGCUAACUUUUGGCACCAGGCGCUGACAUUUCAAAUCCAGGCCCUUGAAGUCUUAGAGUUUCGAAGUUGCCAUGGGUUGGGGAGUAUCAGAAUUUCAAGCCAAAGGCUUAAGAGACUGGCCUUUAGAGGUUGUCGUCACUUUUCAGGUGCUGAAAUUGACACUCCAAAUUUAGAGUUUUUUGAAUGCUGCAACUGUGACAAUCCUUUCAUUCCCAUCAAAGCCUCAGAUGAUAUCAAGAUACACUUAAGAUUUUCCCUUAGUGGAAAAACGGUUGAUUGGGUGGUUAAACUGAAUCAAUUUUUGUUGAAGUUAAGAUUUUUUCAGGAUCUCAAGUUUAUUGUCUAUCAUCAUUCUAAGAACAUGAUUAUUCACGAAAAACUGAGUGAGAUCCGCUUUUCUUCUCUCUGCCAUUUAAUGCGUCCGAAAUGUAUAUGCAUAUCAUCAAAGAGCUACAAAGAUCUUUUGGAUGAAUUAUUUCCAUCAGUGUUCCCUAAAUCGUUAUUUGCCAUGUACUGUAGCACAAAAAUGAUUGAGAUAUUGUCACAGAAGAUGAAGGAUCUUGGAAAGGACUCAACUUUGCUCCACAAAUUAGUUGGUUUUGAGGUGAUUUUGUCUAAAGAUGCAAAGCAUCCAAGUGAUCCUGCCACAGAAUACUUCAUACAAGCACACUCAACUGCUCGUUUCGAGAUUGCCACAAUUAUAUUAAAUUGGAAGUAUAAUGUCUACAAACACAGUGUGACAUUAUAGGCUUGAGUAGUAUUGCAUGAUUUACAGCAUUGGUGUGCGUUGUACUAUUAAAUGUAUGUUCUGCAAUACACUGAUGAUUUAACUUUUCUUUUUACUUUUGUAAAAGAUUAAUCUAUAAAGUUGUACUACUGAUAACUUGAUGACUGAUGAUGAUUAAAGAGGGACUAUCUUUAGGUGCUUGGAA